AUGAGUAAAACCCCACAGACUGCACCGUCAUUGGCUGCAUUGUGUGUGUCACGUCUAGCUGCAGGUGCACCGCAGCGUGUAUUGCUCCAUAUUUUACGUCGUUUACCUGAAGAACUGGUGCUAAAACUAUUGACUGAUAUGAUUGCGUCCAAGACGCUGACGGAUGACCGACUUGCUGCUUUCUUUAUGAUCUCACGGCGUGUGCUAAACCUCUCGGGCUGCUGCUCCAUUCGGAACUCAAUCUUACGCCAAAUUCCCUUUCGCUGCCCGGAACUCCGCUGCUUGGAUCUAUCAAACUGCCCCCAAGUCACCAACACAGUGAUUCGUGCAGUGUUGCAAGGCUGCUCGAACUUGCAGACUCUGCAGCUGGAUGGAUGCCGCCACAUCACGGAUGCUGCAUUUCAGCCGGAUCACUCACCAUUUUACGUGCUGCACGCAUGCACAUCACUAAAGGUAGUGAGCUUUGCACGCUGCUCACAAUUGACCAAGGACAUUGUGCUAUUUUUGAUCAAAGCGUGCCGGUCUCUCACUGAUAUUAAUUUUUCACGCUGCAAACGUAUUCACGACGACGCGAUCCACCUGCUGCUUUGCUCAGCGAACGACCUGGAGCGAUUGAACUUGUCCUUUAUGGACAUAUCGGACAAGGCGUUUACAACUAAGCCAUCAGACCAAUUGAACGGCUUUUACACUAUGGGUCGUGCCUUGCGCGCCAUUGAUGUCACCCAGAGCAGCAUCACUGACAACACGCUGUUCGCACUGGCCAAGCACUGUCAACUGCUAGAGGAAGUAAAGCUUAGCUGCUGUAGCGGAAUCACGGACGUAGGCAUUGAAGCGCUUGUGCGCUCGUGCAGGCGUCUGCGCACGUUGGACAUGAACAACUGCGCACUGAUCACAGAUCGGGGCGUGCGUAUGCUUGGACGUUACGGUCAUCAGCUGGAGCGUCUAAACUUAUCGUGGUGUAUGAACAUUACCGAUAAGAGUAUUGUGGACGUUGCUUAUGGCUGCCACCACCUGGAGGUAGUGCUGCUUGUGUGGUGUACGCAGCUUACCAAUGCCUCGAUCGAUGCGUUUCUUCCAAAAAGUAGGUCGAAUUUAGAAACGACAAGAAGAGUAAAAGGCUUAAGAAAGCUGAACAUAAGUGGAUGCAAAGGGAUCAGUAUUGCACAUAUAGAGGAAGCUCGUAAGAAGGGAUUGGAUGUUAUCACAUGA